AUGUCGCUCGUUCCAGUCGAAGAGCAAGAGGAGGGAACUUGGAUUUACCUCGAUGGGAAUCAUCCAAACAAGCAGGAUGCAUUUGCUUCAGAAGAGGUUUGGGCGCGUCGCGAGGCAGCUCGGAUGCGCCAGAUCGCCAUUGGCAAGGCUCGACCCGAAUACCGCCGCUACGUGGCGGAGGAGGGAUGGGACGGGAGACGGGAACGUGGAGGUGUGGAAGGAGGGAACGGAAGGGAAACGGAUCAGCCACUGCGCUCUCCGUGA